GCCAGCAUCGCGUUACGUGAACGUCGCGAAGAUUUAUUUUCGUAUUGUGUUUACGCCGGUGACGUUGUUAUCCUGCCUUCUUGAUCCGCAAACGCGUGGGCAAACGCAGUGUCACUGCACUCUCGACGCACCGUAUCUGUGGUGCGAUCGAGUUCCGUGGUCGACGCACGUAGGUCACUUGAUUUCGAUCCGCUCCGAUAUGCGAAUCAACUGAAAUACCGCAGGAGGCGACCGAAACACAAGAUGAGUGACAAAUCCAAGUGGUGCGAUCGACUUUUCGGCAAGCGGUUGAUCAAGUGCGACUCCACGGACAACCACAACGAUUUUCGCGGGUUUCCCACGUGCGAAGUGCUCAAAAACGUGUCAGUGACGGGCGUGUACUUCAGUUUCGCCAAUAUUAAUUCGCAGUGCGACGACUUUUUAAACAAACUGCGCGACCUUUACGAAAAACUCAACACGAGUGAUAACUGCGAAUCGGAGAGGAGACUCGAGGUGAUCCAGGUGGUUAUGUGGGCUCACAACGACAACUACGGCGAUUUCGAGAUGAGCCACAGAGACAGUCUCUUGGGCUUGCCUUGGUUUGCAAUGCCGUUCAGUGAAAUCGACUUGAAAACCAGGCUGAGCCGACGAUAUAGAAUAAAAUCGGGAGUGCCUACUUUGGUGCUCUUGGACAAAGAGGGCGCUACCGUCAGCGUGUCGGCACAGGAAAAACUUCUAGAAGAUCCCAACGGUACCAACUUUCCUUGGAGGCCUCGGCCCGUGGACGAAGUACUGAAAGAGGUAGUACUGCAACCUGGAGGUCGAUAUUUUGAAGACCACCAGAAUAUACAGAACGAGUUGAGGUACAGGGAUUUGUCGGAUGGAGUGAGGGGCUUCUAUUUUUCUGCUCACUGGUGUCCGCCGUGUAGAGCUUUUACCCCACAGCUGGCCGAUGCGUACAAAAUCGUAAGGAAACGAGAACCCCAUUUUGAAAUCAUCUUCGUCUCGAGUGACAGGAGUAUCGACUCGUACAACGCCUACUUGGAGUCAAUGCCGUGGCUGUCCGUGCCGUUUCAGCACGCCUCGGUCAGGGCCGAACUGGCCCAGUUGUAUGGUAUCAGGGGAAUCCCUACUCUGCUUCUACUCGACAGCAACGGUCACGUGAUAACAAUGGACGCUCGCGCGGAACUAGCCGAAGAUCCUCUGGCUCAGAAUUUUCCAUGGAAACCACGCCCAGUCAACGUUUUGACAGAUAGGUUUUUAACGAAACUGCACGAUUACCCAGCGAUAGCGUUGUUCGUCGACUCGGAGGAAACCGAAGUGCAAUUCGCCGAAUCAGUAUUGCUGCCCGCCGCCAGUAAUUACUACAAAGUUAACGACAUAAAUUUCGCGUCGACGCCGGAAAAUCGGCUGUUUUCCAACUGCAACGAAGACGACUACUUUCUUCAAUUCUUAAUCGGUACCGAGAACGAAACGACUGACAUUCUUCGCGAUCUGAUAGGGUUGGACGACGUGGUGCCGCUUCUGGUAGCGAUCGACUUGCCCAGCAGGAGGUACGCUACCAUGGAAUACGGGAUCGAGAUAACCACCGAUUCCGUCAACGAUUUCGUCACGAGAUUCCAGAGGAACGAUUUAAAAUUUAAGGACAUAAACGAAGAAGGUGUGGAAAACGCCGAAACCGUGUAAUUGUUAAACGUUUCGGCAGUGUGACACUCUACAACUUUUAAACGGUUUGCGGUGAGGUUUUGAAAUAUUUGAAACAUUUUGUAUAAUUGUCUAAACGAAACAAUCUCCUAUUUAUUAUCAAUUUAUCAAUAUCAAAUAUCGAAUAAAAUAAAGUAAGUAAAGUAAGAUACGAGAGCCACUUAAAAAAUUUCCCACCUAACAAUGAUACAAGACAUUUUUUUUUAUUUACCUACACAGUCUCCUUGUAACUCUCUAUGGAAUACCCAGCGUUUUUCUCCGCAAAAUAUUUGUUCACGAAGGUUGCCUCCUGAUUUGACCAAAAUCUUUGUCCUUUGAACAAAAAGAAGUCGCGUGGGGCUAGAUCCGGUGAGUAAGGCGGAUGGUCAAGCGGUUCGCACCGCUAUUCGUGGAUUUUCGUCGUGGCAACCGCUGAGUUGUCUAAUUUUUGUCUUCUCAAGUAAUGAUGUGUAGUAUGCUUUCCUAAUGGUUUUUCCUUUUUGAAGGUAAUCGAUUAAGAUAACUCCACGAAUAUCCCAAAAAAACACUUUCACAUCACUUUCCCAGCCGAAAAAACAGUUUUUGCUUUUUUCGGAGUCGGUCCCCCCUUGGCGGUUCACUGUUGUGACUGUGUGUAUCCAAGUUUCAUCAUGCAGUAAUUAAUGGGUUAUUGUUGAGCGUUGGAAACGUUUAUUCGAACUCGGUUUUGGUUUAAUGUAAGUGAACGCGGCGCCCCCAGCGCGAACAGCUUUCUCAUGCCUAAAUCUUGAUUUAAAAUGUGACAAACACGUUCUUGGGACAUUAUAGUAACCUCUGCUAUCUCUCUAACUUCAAUUCGACACCAUUCGAUCGACUUUAGCAGCUGCCGAAAAUUUCGCUGUGGUAAAUGAUGGUGCAGAGCCCCCAUACAUAGAGUCCAACUCAACUUUAAUUUGCGUAAGGGUAUUGCCUUUCAAAAACAAAUAUUUUGUAACAACUAAAUACUCAAUUUUUCCAUUUUCAUGAAAACACUCACAAGUGAAAACCACCCGUCCAAAAUGGCUGAAACUUUGAUAAGUAACUAUCAAGAGGUGCACAACUACAAUCAGUAGCUAGUGUCGUCAUCUUCAGGCUGCGGACGGAAUCUUUUGAAAUGGCCAUCGUAACUCUUUUUUUAAUGGGUAAUCUUACUUACUUUUAUAAAUCCGUUUGAAAGAAAUCUGAGGGGAAGUAAAAAAAUUAUAACCUGUACAUCGAACGCGUAAUAAAAGAUAGACAGCAAAAAGAUAUGCGGUACGACUUACACCACACAAAAACACCAUACGAAUCCUAAACCUCCUUAAAACUUUGUAUUUCUAAUUGGACAACGAUCAUUAGUUUCUCCAGGACGACCAACGAUUACUAGAAAUACUAGCAUUCUCUUAAUCCUUACUAAUUAUUUAUAGAGCCACCCCUCAAUCUUAAAAAAUGCAACCAUGACUACAGUCUUUUCUUAAAAAUUGGUCGUUUAACUACCUAACAUUGUACAAUAUGUCAUAAUUUCCAAUCGAAAAGACUGGCGUGAUUUUUUCUUCGUGCGAGUUUAUUUUCAAACAAAUUUAAAAAGUGCCGGUUUAAAAAAAUGUUAUUCUCGCUCUGCGUAGGACUUAUUUAAUAAACUAGAUAAGCGGAAUUCAAUUUAGAAAAUUUCCUAUCAAAAAUAUUGAUUAAAAUUUUCCUCAUCAAAUAAAAAUAAGAAACAAAUCAAACAUUGCAAAUAAAAACAGCUUUCCAAAUUUUAAAUAGCUACUCGAAGCCGUUUAAAAGUUUUUAAUAGAUUUUCCUGCGUCAACCGGAUAGGUCCUUAUUUAUAAUCCUGUAUUCAUAUUGUAUAGAAUUAUUUUCCAAUUUACAGUUCUGAGAAUUCACUUUAAUGAGUAACGUGUCGAUAAGAAUUGUAUUCAUUUCAGCAGUCAAUAACAUCGCUCUCCAUAAUGUUCGUGGUGGUAUUUGUAAGGGAUAUAAAUUUUUGUAGGCACGAUCGCUACUGGUUUCGUCCCAAAAUUGCAUACACAGCUCUAAAAUGUGAUUAGAAACACCUUGUUUAAAUGACAACUUCACAGCGAUCACACAAAAAAAUUUGCCCUAUGUAGCGAACAUCAUGGAAGCACAGUAUAUGGGCCGUUGUUUUUUAGUCAGCUCUGUUUUUGUGAUUUUUUAAAACAGAAACAACGCAACACUGUUGGACUAUUAACUAACUAUUUAAUUAACUUUUUUUAUAUUUCGCAUUUUAUAUUCCAAAAAACGGUAACCAACAUAAAUAAAGCCUCCCCGCUCACUAAAAACUAUAAGGGGACAGAUUAAGUGCGCACUGAUGUAUUGUCAUCCUCUGUUAGCUAAUGGAAUUCACUAUAAAUAAACUAUUUAAAACCAGGCGCCUUUUUACCACUCAUUUGGCGCAGAUCUAUGUGAUGCGGUCAUUAUUUUUAUUUGUUUUAUAUGCUAAAACUGUCUUAAGAGUUUCUUUGCAAUUUAACGAAGUGAAGGUUUUAAAUUGCAACGCCUCCAUGUAGAUAGGAAAUGAGAUCGUUUGCAACGGUAUAAAUAAUUGUAAUGUAGCAAGAACAUGAUGUGAUUUUAGCCAUAAUAUUAAUAUUAGAUAAAUGCGAAUGGUUCUGCCCCAGAAAAUGUAUGUUCCAACCAAUUAUCGUUAACCGCGGAAAACUGAGGAAUCUUGUAUCUGAAUGUUUUUUUUACACACCCUAUUCUGGAGAAGUUAGGCAGAGUUAACUUUG